CCACUCUCCACCCUGCGAACUUGGCACUAACAACGAUGGAGCCAACCCGCUUCCUUGGCCCCCAAACUGCCCAGUGGGUCUUUGAUUGAUUCUGGGCUUAAGACGAAGAAAGCGAAUAAUCAAUCGUUGGUGCUGAUGGCGCCGUUCUUUAGUGCCUGGUGCUCCUUCAGUGUCCACACACUGAUUGAUUGGAGUGCCCAUCCUGCACCCCCUUCCUCCCAUCUAUUUUUGUAUGUCUGUGCAAUUUAUAGUAUCUUCUUGUCCUCAAAUCCGGCCCCCAAAUUUCCGACGUCCUCUCGGAUUCUUCCCAGGUGCUUUUUUUUUGGGCGUUGGGGGCUGGACGUUCUGGCGGGAGGAUUGCGUCCCUGAGGAGUCAGUGGUCUGUCGUCACUGACUCACUAGACUCAAUUCUGGAUACGGAGAUAAAAGGACCCUUUAAGCGAAACGACUGACUUGGCCGAAAGUGGAAACAAAGCGAAGGAUUGAUUGAUUGAUGAGCUCCAUUGAUCCCGUCCGGCGCCUUCCGUCCGGCACGCAAAGACCAGACGACUCAUGAACGACUGACUAGCCUUCUUCUAAUUGACCGUACCGUACGGAGUAUAGGCUUCUCCAAGGGCCAUGAGUACUAUGGGUUGUUUACGGCGAAAUUGUCGACUCGACCAUACUGAUACCACCGUCGUUGCCAUCAGGCUGUCAACUUUCUCCACCUUCAAAACAGUAUCCAGUCACCCUUCGGAUACCUUUCAUCUCAAUCAAGGCCCCUACGGACAAGGACCGAAGCUGCUCAGUGUGGUGGGGCUCUGCGAGUACGACCGUGCUGCGCCUCCACAGCUCCUCGCAUGAAAUGGUAUUAAAUUAAACACCAUAUAUAUUACUAUCCGUUAGACGAAACUCUUGUCUAUGGACUGAGUCAUUGCAGGAUAAUAGUUACAUCAACUGGAGUAGACGAGGGGUCUACUUGGUUUGAACUAUCUACCCUGUGUGACAUCAAUACUGGCCCGUGGACGGCCUCUGGUUUCUUUCUGUCUUGUAUCGUGUCUUGUAUUUGCCCCGGGUUCCCUUCGCCCAUGUCUUCGCCGAAUGAUGUGGUUCGACUGGCCUGGAAUGUUUCCAGGCGCCCUGCCACCUCAAUAAUGGGAAACUGCAGGUGUCUUUCAUUCGGACCAUUCAUACCAAGUGCCAUUCACCCUCCUUGUCUAUGCCCCAUCCUGGUUGGUUAUGUCAUUGUAUUUUUGCUUUUGGCAAUUGAUCAGUCCUUGAUAUCUGCAGGUUUGACCCCGGUGUGUUUGCAUCCAGCCCUGGUAUUUUCAGUGGUCUUCCCAGUGGUUAUUCCCAGCAGUGGGUCGUCCAGCAUUAUCAUCCCGAAGAAUUCCUCGAAUCACAGAAAUUACCACAAGAUCAUCAGCGACUUAUUUACCUUCCCUGAUUGCCCGAUUUGCUUUGGGAUAUGACCCGAAGAAUGCCACGCAACAAGUGUGGCUGCACCGAGGAUCCCCGCGGGACCAGUCAAUUUGCUUUUCCCGGGCCCUCGUCACGGCAUCAUUCCACCCACGGGGGGAGGCCCUGCACAGACGGACUGGCGAUGUAAUGAAUCUGAUUCGAGGAUUAAUCUGGCCUCAGCCUUAUGCUAGGUAGUUGAUAUAUGAAUCUCGGGCUGGGCGAACUGGUCAGGUGUUCCGGUCGGGCAAAGGGCGAAGAUCGAUUGAGGCGAUGAAAUCGGUUUACAGGGUUGUUAACUAAAGCCGCAUUAUAUUUCGACUUGACUUGAACGCCUGACGAGUGACGCCUGACGAGUGACAACCCAAGUGACGACUAUUGUGGAGACAGGCUGGACAAGGCUGGACAUGGGGGACGGACUAGUCCGUCGCUUUCAUGGAUGUUGCCUAUGUU